AUGCCAGCCAUGCCAGAGGCGAGGAGACCCUCACACACCAGCCCUGGGGGCGACAACCCCGACAGAGAGAGGAGAUCGCAGCCCGAGGCAGAGGCUGGAGAUGGAGCUGCGAACCGAGGAGCCUCCGCCGGGGUUUUGGAUAAAUUAUUUGGCAAAAAGCUCCUCCAGGCUGGUCGUUACAUCAUGUCCCACAAAUCAUGGAUGAAGACGGUUCCAACAGAGAACUGUGACGUCCUGAUGACAUUUCCAGAUAUGACAGACGACCACACAUUGCUAUGGCUACUGAACCACAUCCGGCUGGGUAUCCCGGAGCUCAUCAUCCAGAUCCGACACCACAAGCACACCAGUGUCUGUGCUUUCUUCGUCACCGCCACUUAUGAGAAUUUGCUUCGAGGAGCCGAGGAGCUCGGUCUACAAAAGCCUGUGAAACAAGAGUUUGGAGGGGGAACUCGAUGCUUCUCCUGUGAUGAGGAUUAUAUAUACGAGAAUAUCGAAAACGAAGUCCAUUUCUUCACUUCUCAGGAACGACAGAGCAUUAUCAGGUACUGGCUGGAGAACCUGCGGGCCCGACAGGGAGAAAACCUCCACAACAUCCACUUUCUGGAGGGGCAGCCAAUCAUUGCAGAGCUCGUGGCACGAGGGAUUAUUCAGCAGGUCCUUCCCAUCCACGAGCAGAGAAUUCUCAACCGGCUGAUUAAAUCCUGGGUCCAGGCCAUCUGCGAGUCCCAACCAUUAGAUGAGAUCUGUGAAUAUUUCGGGGUUAAAAUUGCCAUGUACUUCUCGUGGCUGGGCUAUUACACCUGGUGCAUGGUCUACCCAGCAAUCAUCGGCUUCACAUUGUGGGUGUUCACUGAGUCAGACCAGACCAGCCGCGACAUUAUCUGUGUGGUCUUUGCUCUGUUUAACGUGGUGUGGUCGACCCUGUUCCUCGAGGGCUGGAAGCGCCAGAGCGCAGAGCUGGCUUACCGGUGGGGGACGUUAGACCGACCGGCAGAACUCAUCGAGGAGCCAAGGUCACAGUUCAGGGGCGUCAAGAGAGUGAGCCCGGUGACGGGAUGCGAAGAGUUUCACUACCCACCUUGGAAGCGGAGAUUAUUCCAAUAUUUUGUCAGUCUUCCUAUCUGUUUCUUCUGUCUGUGCUUUGUCUUCCUGACCAUGUUAAUCUGCUUUGAGCUGCAGGAAUUUGUGUCCAGUAUAAAAGAAUUACCACGAGUAGCUACUUAUUUUCCUAAAGUCCUUCUUGCUGUUGUGGUGACAAUUCUUGAUGAUGUUUACAAGAAAAUUGCCUAUUGGUUAAAUGACUUGGAGAAUUACCGCAUACAGAGUGCCUAUGAGAAACAUCUCAUCAUCAAAGUAGUUUUGUUUCAGUUUGUAAAUUCGUACCUUAGUCUUUUCUACAUCGGAUUCUACCUCAAAGACAUGGAGCGUCUUAAAGAGAUGUUGGUAAUCUUCUCCCUGUCCAAAAGCCUUGCGCGUCAGAUAAAAGACUCCCUCUUCCCCUACAUUAUCCUCAAAAUAUAUCUCCUCAUCAUCCUGAAGCGAAACGGGAUCAUCAGGAAUUACUAUCACUGCAUUCGGUGGUUCCGGUGCAAAAUGUUGGCGGCGCUAUUGAUCACCAGGCAGAUUUUGCAGAACAUCAAGGAGGUGAUGCAGCCACUGCUGUACGAGAAGUACAAACAGGGGCACCUGACGCUGCAGACCAUGUGGAAGGUGCUGGUCAGUAUCUUCAAGUACUCGCCCCACGUGGAGAGGGCGAGUCCGGGGGACGAGGUGGAGGAGGGGGGGCAUGUCCCGGGGGAGGGGUCGAAGCGGGAGAAGAAGUGCAUCAACGGGGGCUGCGGGGUGCCCGAGGAAGAGGAAGAUGAGAACGAAGAGGAGAGGGAGGAGGAGAACGUAUUGGACUGCGGGCUCCGGCUGGCCAAGAAGGUGAGCUUCGCGGGGAACACGGACAAGCCGAGCAGGGAGGACAAGGAGUGCGAGAUGGACGCCGUGCUGGAGAGCGUGUUCCUGGAGGAGGGCAGCCCCAUGAUGAUGGAGAGAGGCCCGGGCGGAGACAUGGUCUUCCAGCUGUGCGAGGACUACGAGAGCACGAGGUCCGAGGGCGAGGCUGCAGAGGCAGCCGCGGAUGGCAAGGAGCUGGGCUGCGCCCUGCGGCACAGGAGGAGGAUGACCAGCGAAGGGGACGCGGAGGCCCCCGAGCCCGUGGCCAACAGGCUGUCCUGGAUGGACCCCCCAGAGGAGGACGGGGACUCGCCCCUCACCCAGGCCGAAAUCGAGAGCUGUAUGCAAAAAUACGAGGACACCUUCCAGGAUUAUCAGGAGAUGUUCAUUCAGUUUGGCUAUGUGGUGCUCUUCUCCUCGGCCUUCCCCCUGGCAGCUAUGUGCGCGCUGAUCAAUAACGUGAUCGAGAUCCGUAGCGACGCUUUCAAGAUCUGCACCGGCUCCCAACGGCCCUUUGGGCAAAGGGUGGACAGCAUUGGCCAAUGGCAGAACGUGAUGGAGGCGGUGGGAGUCAUUGCGAUCAUCGUGAAUUGCUACCUGAUCGGCCAGUGUGGGCAACUGCAGCGCUUGUUCCCCUGGCUCAGCUCGGAGAUGGCGGUCAUCAGUGUGGUGAUCCUGGAGCACUUUGCCUUCCUCCUGAAGUACGUGCUCACCAGCGCAAUCCCCGACGUACCUGCCUGGGUGGCAGAGGAAAUGGCCAAACUGGAAUACCAGCGUAGGGAGGCCUUCAAGAAGCACGAGAGGCACGCGCAGCAACACUACCAGCAGCAGCAGAAGCGCAAACAGCGGGAGGAAGAGGAGAAACAUCGACAGGAACAGAAGGAACAUAACCAGUCCAGGAAGGACAGGGAGACGGGAAAGGAGGAAGGGAGAGGUUCGGGGUCUGAGCACGCUCAGGAGAAAGGUCACGGCAAAUCCAAGUCGUCCAGCGGUUCUUCCCAAACGCUGGAGAAGCCCAAGCGCCCCAGCUCGCUGCUGGCCUCCAACAACGUGAUGAAACUCAAGCAGAUAAUCCCGCUUCAGGGCAAGUUUCUGUCGGGCAGCGGCGGGGCAGCUAACUCCGCCAACUCCACCACUGCAAAGUCUCCUCAGUCACCCACCACGAGCGAGAGCAAACUGCCGGGGUUCCUGAGCUUCAAGUUUCUCAAGUCGCCGGCCGACGGGAAGAAGGAAGCAACGGCCGAGAAGGAGAAGGAGAAAGUUCAGUCGCCGACCAAGCCCUUUAACCCCGGGAAGCUUUUCAACUUCGGGAAGUCGGACAUAAGCGGAAACAACGGCGCAAACACAUCGCAGCCCAAAGCCAGCGGAGCGUUUGAGAGCGGUGACAAAGCCAGCAGCAAGUCAGACCUGAACGGACUAACGGAGGCAGCGAGCGCUGAGGAGCCCAGCGCACACUUCUCCGACGAGUCCAACAGCCCCAAACGUUAACGCAUUAUACUCAACAGAGGGCCACGGAUGGCACAAUCUUCAAGGGCUCCUCGGGAGAGUGGAGACUGGGCCAAAGCAUCGUUUAAAGGAUUUUUUUUUUUUUUAAAAAAGAAAAGCAGAAGAAGUUCCGGUUUUAGUUUUUAAGUAAUAACAAUCUGCAGGGAUAGAGAUCUGUAUCUGGAAACAAGGUUCUCAACGUCUUUAUAUACAGUGUGUAGUUUGGUGCAAACUCCUUGCUUUUACACCCCGCAGCCAACGCCAGGAAUUUCUGGCACUGACCUCUGUUUCCCUCCCCACCCCCACAUCACCAAUUCCCCCUCUCAGCUUAUACUGGAGUGUGGUUCAAUGGGCGCUGGACGCUUCUCACUACCUCCCUGCAGUGUCAUUGUGUCGGGCCCAUGGACAGCUAAGAGUCAGGAAGCCUAUUUGAGCGUUGGAGGUGCGAAUAAGGACAUGGCAAUUACAGUUGAUCCCGAUCCUGUCCUCACUCAAUCUCAAAGUUUGUGCACUUGCCAGAUGAGCAGCCAGCCGCAGGAAGUUACCCCUCUUCUCCUCUCCCUAGCUUCAGAUUGCUGCCCCCCCCACAAGAGAUCAACAUAUUAAGUAAGCACAGGUCAAGCCAAGAACAUUCCUGGUGUGUUCACCUCUGUUUCCGACAGUGUACAAUUCUGUUGGCCAUUGGGAGGGAAGCUCUUGACUAAUUUACUUCAAUAUUUUAUGACAAUGUUUUUAAAUAACCCUUUUCCUCCCACCCCUUUCCCCACACCCACAGUUUUGAGUCACAUCGAUUGACAGUGGCAGUUGACAUCGCUCUGCAGAAUCUCACCAAAUCCGUCCUGAUAAACUCAGCAAAAAAUAGAUGAAAAUCAACGUAAACGCUUUAGAAUCAUCGAACGGCACAUAAAACAGUUGCAGAGGUCACCGCAAAGAUGCCCAGCCAAUAAGAGGCUUUAGAGGAGAGAGAUUUCCUCAUCACAAACUGUUUCCAUCAAAUACAGUUUUAAUGGAGUAUCUGUCACCUGAUUACCUACAUCUUCAAGUCCUGUGUCUUACUGAUUUUUGUCUCGCUCAUGUCCCACUGUCUCCACUGCGCUCAGCACACCUGUCCAGAAAGGUAAGGCAAAUUAAAGGCAAACAUUAGUGAGGAGAAAUUAAAUCUCAGUACUAUUGUAAGGAAUAGUAACAGCUACUAAUGAGACAAGGCCAUUGAGUCUUUGACACUCGACAAACAUUCCCAAAGCUUAUUAGCUUUGUGCCUCCUGGCCUAUCACUACCACUCAAUUAUCUCCUGACCUAACCAGCUAACUCUCACCCCAUCUGUGUAUAUGGUGAAUUAGGUUUCUCUGCUGUAUAUGUAUAGAUGUAUAUAUGUAUAUAAUCGGAUAUAAUCUUCACUGCGCCAGGAAACUCUUUCAACAUACAUGGAUAAACAAGUUCCAAUCUGGAUGUGAAUAACUUCUGCAUACGGCUGGGAUCUUCAUUCAAAUUAUUAUGUGUAAUUAUUCAAAUUAUUCGAGUGUAAAACUGAACGUAACUUGCCAAAACAUUCACUACUUGACUUGACUUGACUGCACUGGAUUGUGAAGCUCUUUGAGACAUUUCGACGUGAAAAGGAACGGGUACAAAAGCAAGUUCUUUCUGGAAUGGCUGAUCUGUUGGGAGCGACAGAUGGCAAUGUGUCUGUUGAGUUAUAAAAGACCCUGUUCAAUAUUCUCCAAAGAGAAAGGAUUGAAGAGGACCCUUUGCAGUAGAUCAGUCAGGCUGCUUGGCUCCAGAGUUCAAGGGUCCUAUUUGAGACACAAAGUUUAAGAAUAAAGUCCACGUUUAAGAAUUGCCUUCCAACGUGAAGAUGUGCUGAAGAUAUUAUUAUUGGAACCAAGAUGGCUGCCACACCCUUCAUUUCAAUGCAGAGCUGCUUUGGAAGGCUAUUAUGUAUUUGUCACACUUCAGUCUUCCUGCCUCAAAGAAAAGUAAAAUGGUCGGUCGUUCAGUAUUAGCGGCUUUGUUUCCCACUGAACAGGAAGCUGAGCGUGUUGAUUUGAUGAAAUGCUCAGAAGGAAAUUGUGCCCUUUCAACAAGUAAUCUCUUCGAAAACAACGAGAGUCAAAGUUAAAAUGUUUUCAGCAACCCAUGCUCUUUGGAUAAUCUCCUCUACUUACCUUCUCUCCAGGAGACUUGAGUCAACCCAUCUCUGGUUAAACAUAGUCCCACCGUAGUAAUCCUCUACUUGAAGAUUGUGUCCACCAGCCAAAACUUUCCCCUUGCAUGAGAUGAUGAGAUUGCACUAUUUCAAAUGAACCUGUUCCUAAUCUUCCUUCAUAUAUAUAUAUACAUAUAUAUACAUAUAUAGAGGGCUUAUUAUUCAAGGCAGGGAAUGGUUAACCUGCAUUUUAACAGUAGGUGGUUGAAGCGCCUGGCUUUACAAAUACAAACUUUUGUUUGACUGGAGUAUGGGAUCUUGCCAAGCCAUCCUGAAAUCUCUUUGACCUUCCUGUUUUACCUCUCUGUGUCGAUACUGUUUCCCUGUGUACAUUGUUUGUUUAACGUAUUAACAUGACAUUUUUUUUUGCCAAAGCAUUUGAGGUCCAAGCAAUGCAUGCAGCUGGUACGACUGGAAAGGAUGAAGGGUGAAGCUACCUCCAAGGCCCUGUUAGCAGCAAAUUCCUAAUCAUUUCCAUUCCAUUUCCAUAGGUUGCCUGUUUUUCUAAGAUUAUUUCCAUAAGGCUUUGACCCAACGAGCAGAAUGUACUGGAAUGAUAUAUUAUCUUCCCUUAUUUAUCUCUUUUAACAGGAACUGAAUAUAAGCAACCAAUGUUGCUUAUAUCGUGUAUUGAAGCCAUUGAUUAGAGCCUAUUUGCGGACACAUAUUUGGUGUCUCUACGCUUUUCCUCAUUGACAGGUUAUCAAUAUCUUUUUUUUAAACAAUAUUUUGAAUUGUGUGACCAUGCGAUGGAAUGGACUUCCGCUGUUAAAGGCUGUGAACUUCUCCCAUAAAGUCCAACUUGUGGGUAAUGAUUGAUUUCCUAUCAGUUCACUAGCUGCAGGUGCUUGGAGAUAACUGACUGAAUCCCUGCAGAAAUGACUGACUGCUAAGAUUGGCUUAAGUUCAUAGCACUCUCAUCUCUGUGAAAGAAGGUCACAGGUGCACAUCCCAAAUCAGGACCUGAGCUUAUAUCCCAGGCUGACACUCCAGUGCAAUCCUGGGAGAAGUGCUGCGUUAUCAAAGGGGUGCUACCUUUAGGAAUGAGAUGUUAAAUGGGGAUUCUGUCUGCAUGUUACAAGUGAAAGUUAAAGAUCCCGUGAUAAAAGAGAAAAUGAAAAGGGAAU